CAUUAAGUUCUUCAUCUCUUCUACCAAUACCCAACACAUCAAAUCUCCGUCAUCAGAUUUUUUUUUUCUUCCCAUUGCCUCUGCACGCCAUACAAGUCAUUCAAACGCAACUCCAAAGAUCUCAUUCCAGGACAAUUAAGAAAACAAGAAAAGAAACUAUGAAGUUCAGCAAGUGCAAGCACUGUCAAGCAGAGAACGACAGCGAUAGUGACAGCGACUGCGUGAAAUGCUUCUUCCACCCCUGGACAGUUUGCGGACAUCCAGACUGCAGCAAGCUCCCGCCUAUCAAGCACGAACCACAACGAAAGGUAGCAAAGACGGUGACCAAGAAAGAAGAAGACAAAAAGGAAGAAGAUGGAGAAGAAGAUCACAAGACGGACUCGAGCGAUAUUAUCAUUCCUUAACCAUGGUGUAAUAAAAGCAUGCUACACAUCAACAGAGGCGAUAUUCAUAGGAUAUUCCCUUCCAGAUCAAAGAUGUAGGGUUGAAGAUACCUUGGAGAAGCGAGCCGUGAAGGGAAGGUGAUCAGGCAUCUCGAAAUAACACAUAUAAAAGGAGCUGGAUGGAUUUAGAUAUUUGAUUCUUAUUCUAGCUAUAACGGCGAGAGGUAGAAGAUGAAUCUAACCCAGUGUCUUAACAUUCGAGCUCAAACGUCCAGUAUAUCUCGUCUCCCCGCACCGACUUGACAUGGCAUGAUGAUAGCUGAUAUCGAUGCAAUACACUAGAGCAUGAGUGCUUCCUCGCGUCAUUAAUGAACCAAAGGUAGCGUUUAUUUCUCG